AAGUGGGGUAGAGUUAGAGUGUGGGCUGAGUGCUGGUCGACUAUAAAAGUGCUGGAACCCAACGGUAGACGUUUCAUUCGCACACACAGUGCCAGCGGGGAAGCUUUAAUACAGCACAGCAGCAGAAUACCAUCCACAAGGUCCAAAGUCCUAAGCCAAAUCAUCCCACUGCACCCACACACGACAGCAUCCACACAGUGUAGCAGUGUAGCAUCAGUGGAGCAGAACCACGGAAUUAAAGUCACAGCGGAAAAAGCAAAAGGACGAGCGACGCGUCUAAAGAAUAUAUGUAUGUACGAAUAUAAUGGAAAAAUUGUCGUGUCUGCGGGAUUGCGUGUGUGUUCGUGUGUAAAGUGCAGCCUGGUUGGGGCGCGUGUGUGUUCAUAAAUUGAAUUUCCUUGAAAUUAGAAACUAAAUAAGUCUCAGAUGCUGCCAGAGAAAAUUGCCCACUAAAACGGAAACAAAAAAGAAACAAGGCAACGUUUAAUAAAUAACUUGUAGGCAGUUUUAAAGUGUAGCGUAGAAGUUGUAACGGACCUGUUGAACAAGAUUCUCCAACAGUCCCAAUUAUGUAUGGCAUGCUCUAUGAGAGUGUCCAGCACUAUGUGCAGGAGGAGUACGGCGUAUACGUUUGGAAGAAGGUCUGUCACAUCAUCGACUGCAAGCACAACAGCUUCAAGACCCACCAGAUCUAUCCGGACAAACUGAUGCCGGAUAUAGCGGCGGCCCUGUCCGCCUGCACGGGCGAGUCCUUCGACUACUGUAUGAACUUCUUUGGGAAAUGCUUCGUGAGGUUCUUCAGCAACUUUGGCUACGACAAGAUGAUUCGCUCGACGGGCCGAUAUUUCUGCGACUUUCUGCAGUCCAUCGACAACAUUCACCUGAUCAUGCGGUUCACCUAUCCCAAGAUGAAGUCGCCGAGCAUGCAGCUGACCAGCAUGGACGACAAGGGGGCCGUCAUCCUCUACCGGAGCAGCCGAACGGGCAUGUCCAAGUACCUCAUUGGGCAGAUGACGGAGGUGGCGCAGGAAUUUUAUGACCUGCCGAUCAAGGCAUAUGUAGUCGAGAGCCAAAACGACAUCAGCGGUGGGACGGCGGGCCCCAUCAAGAUGACGGAGGGUCCGCUCACUGUCGUCGUGAAGUAUCGCCUGGACUUCGACAACUCCGAGUAUAUGGCCAAGCGUGUGAACACGGUGACGCAUCCCUCGCAGCUAAAGAUGCCCACGGUGAAAUUGGACGUGUUCCUGGACCUGUUCCCCUUCACCUUUGUGCUGAACCACGACAUGAAGAUUACGCAUGCCGGGGAGAAGAUUGUGGAGACUUGGAUAAUGCACAAUCCUGGGGUCAAUCCCAAGGGCUUCAUCGGCACUGGCGUGAUGGACCUGUUCCACUGUCGACGCCCCAAGGAAACCAAGAUCGAUUGGGAGACACUGAUCCAGAUGCGGGCGGUUCUCUUCGAGUUCGAGCUGAUCCGCACGGGACAUAAUCGGGAUGCCUACGACGCAGCCCUGAACAUGGACUUUGAGAACUACGACGAAAUGGAUCUGAACGAGGCCCAGACCAUGGCCAUCACUAAGGCCAAGGAGUUCAAUGACGCACAUCCUGCCGAUGCGGAGCUUGCCGCCAAUGAGAACGAAAUCGAUCCGGCCACGGGAGAACGUCGCUCCUCCCAGGGCCUCAGAUCCAUUCUGCUCAAGGGUCAGAUGUUCUACAUCAAGGAUGUGGACUCGCUGAUAUUCCUCUGCAGCCCGUUGAUUGAGAAUCUGGAUGAACUGCACGCCAUUGGUCUGUACCUGAACGAUCUCAAUCCGCACGGCUUGAGCAGGGAGCUGGUCAUGGCUGGCUGGCAGCACUGCUCCAAGCUGGAGAUCAUGUUCGAGAAGGAGGAGCAGCGGUCCGACGAACUGGAGAAGUCCCUGGAGCUGGCCGACUCCUGGAAACGUCAGGGCGAUGACCUCCUCUACUCCAUGAUCCCUCGUCCCAUUGCCGAGCGAAUGAGGAACAGCCAGGAGCAGGUCUGUCAGAGCUUCGAGGAGGUCUCCGUCAUCUUCAUCGAGGUCCUGAAUGUCUACGACGGCGGCUUGAACAGCAUUCAGGGAGCCAUGAUGGCAGUGAACACGCUGAACAAGGUCUUCUCGGCUCUCGAUGAGGAGAUUAUUUCCCCGUUCGUCUACAAAGUGGAGACCGUGGGCAUGGUCUACAUGGCUGUGUCCGGAGCACCGGAUGUCAAUCCUUUGCAUGCGGAGCACGCAUGUGAUCUGGCCCUGCGCGUGAUGAAGAAGUUCGAUCCCAAGGAUAUGGGCGAUGUGGCCAUUCGCGUGGGCAUCAACUCGGGGCCCGUGGUGGCCGGAGUCGUUGGCCAAAAGGUGCCCCGAUAUUGCCUGUUCGGGGACACGGUCAACACCGCCUCUCGCAUGGAGAGCAGCAGCGAUCCCUGGAAAAUUCAGCUCUCCAAAUACACGGCAGAUAAGGUGCGCGAUAUUGGCUAUAAGGUCGAGUCCCGCGGCACUGUCCAGGUCAAGGGUAAGGGCGAAAUGGAAACCUGUUGGCUGCUUGAGGGACCAGUGGGUUAAAGGACUGAAUGGAGAUUCAACGUAAAACACCUGCACCUAAAAUAUUGUACCCCACUUGAGGCUUUUGGAACUACGCAUAUUU